AAUGUCGAAAAAAAUUCAAGAGCCGUCAGAAUAUAAUGUUCUAGUUCAUAGCAGUGUUGCACCCACACAUAUGAUAAUAUUUUUGAAAGCAUUAAACGCCAAUAAUCAUCAGCUACCAAAAAUAAUUUAUCAGCAAAAACGAAAUCUACUUCUGGUCCAUUACACGAUUAUCUGGAGAUAUUAAUAACGAAGUAGGUUACCUACUAAUUACCGUCGUGAUUAUUAAUUAUUCAUGAGGACUGAGAGAUUCAAUCUAGAGAAUACCUUGUUGUAAACAACUCGACAACAGUUGUUUUUAUCACUAAACGCAUAGCUUGCGCCCGAAGAACGUUUACGAGUCGCCAAGACUGAAGUUGUAUACGGAAGAUUUUCGAGUUUGUCAAGAGUUCACACAAAUGACGGCUGGUAAACCCAAAAUUGGUGCUUAUCGCGUUGUGAUUUCCAAAAAACUAGGUGAAACUCAAUAAUGACCGUUCAAAGUACAAUGGUGGAAGGCUGGUGUAUUUUUUUCCUAGUUAUUUCCAGUUGUCAAAUUGUUUUUCCACAAGUUGGAAAUUCGUGUUUUAUAAGGAAUACAGGAACACGAGGAAUCUGUAAAAUAUCGUCCGACUGCCCUGCAGCAGAAGGACAAGCGAGGAAUGGAAUUGAUCCAACAGUAUGCGGCUAUUUUCAGCUGACUACUCCUAUUGUUUGCUGUGAAAAAAAUGAAUUUGAAGACGGAGAGUAUCAGUCACCCUCUAGGCCUCUUUAUCAGCGACCAAGACCUAGUAACACAUUUUCUAGCGAAGAAAAUGACAAUAAAUUUUCCAACAGCCAGGACAACGGCAUAUUUUUUAGUGGAAAUAAAGAAUUCGAAUCUGUAUCUUCGAAUGUUAAUACUUUCCAGUUAUAUCCGGAGGAUUCUGUUGUGAACUAUGGAAAUGGCGAUUCUAUUAUUUAUCCUAAUGAUAUCGAGUCAAAUAGCAAUAAUAACGUCGUGCUAAGGAAGAGUGAGGCAAAGUGUUUGAAUUACACAAAACCUUUCAAUGAAGUUGUUCAGGCAAUUCCACUCCUGACAGAAACAGAAGUUGUUAAUGUGAACGUGGAGAAAUGUAACAACAAUGGAGUUCCGUUGAUUGUUGGAGGUGAACCGGCAAGACCAGGGGAAUUUCCGUUCAUGGCAGCACUUGGUUUUUACGUCGACAAUGCUAUUGAUUGGCGCUGUGGUGGAACGCUCAUAAGUGAACGUUUCGUUGUCACUGCAGCACACUGCACUUAUUCUAGAGAUGCAGGUUCUCCAAAAGUAGUAAGGUUGGGUGAGAUAGAUUUAACAAAAUCUUCCGGAAGACGAAGCCGCUUCGACUUCAAUGUAGCUCAUAUAAUAGCACAUCCAGACUAUAACUAUCCUCUCAGAUAUAACGACAUAGCCUUGAUAGAACUCGAUAGAGAUGUGAGUUUUACUGAUUAUAUUCGUCCUGCCUGCUUAUAUACAAGUACUCAUAUAGAGCAGACACAAUCAGUUGCAACAGGUUAUGGCAAAAAUGAAUUCGCAGCCUCAGAAAACAUCAAUAAAUUGAUGAAAGUUGUCUUACACAUAUAUAAAAACGAAAAAUGUGCACAAACCUUUGGCAGUGACAAAAGAAGUCUUCCUAGGGGUAUUAUCCAGAGUAUGCUUUGUGCAGGGGAUAUAAAAGGCGGACAUGAUACAUGCCAAGGAGAUUCCGGUGGACCUUUGUUAAUCACGAAAAAGAGUAAUAAAUGCAAGUUUUUCCUUGUUGGAAUAACUUCAUUCGGAAAAUCCUGUGGAGAGGCUAACACUGCAGCUGUCUACACGAAAGUAUCAGCUUAUAUAGAUUGGAUAGAGGCCAUGGUAUGGCCUUAGCUGCAUGGAGAAUUAUCCACAAAUUAAUUAAUCUGUCGCAAAUAUUUUUACACUGUUUCCAAUUAUCAGAGAAAAGUUGAUGAACAACAUGGCAUUUUCAAUUCUCUGAGGAAACAUUACAUAUGUACUUCAUCUUGAACUUGAAACUAGUUAUUUUGAAUUAAUUUUCAUUAUGGAGGAGUACCUCUGAAGCACCGAAUGUCUUGUCAGUUGUCCAUUUUGAUAACAUCAGUGCAUCUGAAAUGUUUACAAUUUUGAGGUGCCAAGAUUUCUCCAAUGUGCAGAUUUUGUUUUCUACUGGUAUACACUAACAGUGAAUUGACCCAUUCCAUCAAAGAAUUGGAUUAUUAAAUAACAUUACAAUAAAGGUAAUGUCGAUAUUAUCAGAAUAUAAAAUUUCUCUGUAUUAAGAAAAUAUUCUACGAAACAAGAAGUUCAGAUACAGUAUUAAUAUGCUUCACUUUUCUUUCUUGGUUCUAGCAAAGAGUAACUUGAGAGUUGAUUUUUGGUUCUAGUCACUUUUGGUCAGUAUGAGUUCAAACAAAUACAUGUUCAAAAAUCUCAGUGAGAAUAAAUAUAUUACUCAAUUUUGUAUAAUAACACACAUGGAACUUCUAUUAACUAUUGAAAAUAUGUUCCCAAACUCUCUGCCGAUAUAUACAUAUAUGUAUUAUGAAAGAAUAAGAACUUCCAUUAAGUGGAUAUCAAGGAAUUUUUCCACACUAUUGCCUUUCUGCAUCAAUAUUUUUUUUGUGAGUGAAUAGUUAUUUGAAUAUAAAUUAAUACGAAUAUUUCCAAAUAAAGCAUAUAAAAAAGA